CUGCAUACUUGACUGACAGUAAACUUCUUCAAUUCAAACUGUUAAAUGGACGAAUUCAAAUUUAAAUAUCCUCUUGAUCAGUAUCAUACUGUCAAUCAACUAUUUGCCGCCAUCACUGAAAAAUUCUCAUCUUCCACCUAUAUUCAAUACUGGAAAGAUCCUGAUGAUGAACAUCCGUGCUCAUUGACAUACCGUGAAGUUGACAUCAUUACUAGCAACCUGGCUCAUCGCUUGCAAAAUCAAUAUGACCUACAAGGCCAGGCAUUGGCAUAUCUGGCGGAUAAUUCCCUACAAUAUGGACUCUAUCUGCUCGCUUUCGUGAAGCUUGAAUGCCGCGUUAUGCUUCUCAGCCCAAAGAAUUCUGAAACUGCAAUGGUGGAUCUAAUGAAAAGGACUGACACAAAAUUCCUGGUCCACAAUAAGCGGUUUGCGAAAGAAUCAAGUUCCGUAAUCGACCAAAUUGAUGGAGGGACAACUUUUCUCGCCUUUGAUGUCGACACCGAAGAAACUAAAGAACUUGAUAAUGGGGCUCAAAGCAUAUGGCUUACCGAGAGAAAUUCAGAGGUUAAAUCAGAGAAAAUCGCCUUUAUCAUCCAUAGUUCCGGAACUACAGGGUUUCCAAAACCUAUUUACCUCAGUAACCGGUAUAUGCUGCAUAUGCUUAACAACUAUGCAAACCUGCUUGAUGUUGUCGAGUCACCUAAGCUUCUUUCUCUUGCUCCAAUGUAUCACAUUAUGGGCGCCAUAUUUUUUGGUAUCGCGCUUAUUGGGGGAACAUACGUGUUUCCUACGAACUUCCCACCUCUUGCGACUACAAUCACCGAUAGUCUUCGAAAAUCUCAAGCGAACAGUAUGAUGGUUGCCCCGAUUUUACUUGAGCAGCUUGCCCAGUUAAUCCAAAUGGAUGCUACUGAUGUUGAUGUACUGAAAAAUGUGAAACUCGCUUUUUUUGGAGGAGCUCCUUUGCAACAACAGGCUGGAAACAUUCUGAUGGACCACGGAAUGAACAUAAAAUCCUCUUAUGGAUCAACUGAAAUGGGCCUAGCUGCUACUGCAGAUCCAGAUGCAAACUGUAAAGAGUUCACGCCAAUGAAAAUUGUCUUACCCAGCAAGCACUACGUAAUGGAAGAUACUGACUAUGGAAGCGAAAUUAAGCAAUUGAUUAUAUUGCCCAACAGCCCAUUCAUGGCAACAAAUGCCAGCAAUCGUCCUGACGGAUCAUAUGCGACAAAUGAUGUAUGGACGCCGCAUCCGAGUAAACCUGGAUACUGGUUUAUUAGUGGAAGAGCUGAUGAUACUUUGAUCAUGUCAAAUGGAGAAAAAACAAACCCUGUUCCAAUGGAGGCAGCUAUGAGAAACUCCAACGCGCUCAUUGAGCAGUGCGCUGUUAUCGGACAAAGUCGAGCUGCAACAUCUGUGCUAGUUCAAUUGAAUGUCAAAGAGGCUAUGGGAAAAGAUAUUUACGAUAUGCUUAGUAUCGUGGAGGCUGCGGUUGAUAAAGCCAAUCGAGAUGCUCCGGCACAUUCCAAGAUUAUAUUUCCUGACAUGGUCAAGGUACUCCCGCUUAUAGAAAAGCUGCCAGUAACUGACAAGGGAACGCUAUCACGAAAAAAGGCAGAGAAGCAGUAUGGUCACUAUCUUGAAGUCAUGUACGAUAAUUUUUUCAACCAGUCAAGCGAGUUACAACAAGAUAAAGGAGAUACGAAACUGCCAUUGGAGCCGACGGUCAUAUCUGACUUCCUGAAAACAACUAUCGCAAAACUCAUCAAAGUGAAGCCAUCAGAAGUAAAUACUACUAUGAACGUAUUUGAUCAAGGCUUAGAUUCACUUCUGGCGGUUCAGCUCAGGAAUAGCAUUGUCAAGUUCACGAAAAAUGUACCCACCAACUUUGUGUUUCAGAACAGUACAAUUAAAGACAUGACUCAAGCCAUUUGCCAAGAUUUGGAAACUGAUGUUGUCGAAGCAUCAUAUCAAGCAACCAGAGGCCUAUUGUCGAAGUACAUAAAGCUUAUUGACGAGCAAAUGCCACGGCCCACCCGGUCAUAUCAGACGAAAAACAGAGGAGAUGAUGUAGUUGUAUUGACUGGUGCUACUGGUUCUCUGGGAGCUCUUGUACUACAGGCCAUGCUUCAAAAUAAGUCUAUACGAAAGGUGUACGCUCUAGUGAGAGGCAAAGAUGGCCGUGACAGAUUAAAAAAGGCUUUCUCUAGUCGUGCGUUGGAUACACGACUUCUGAAGUCUGCCAAAUUACAGGUUUACCCUUUCGACCAAGCCAAAAAAUGCCUUGGAUUAGACCGUCAGCAAUACAGGAGCAUUCAGACUGAAGCCACAGUGAUUUGCCAUUGCGCAUGGAUGUUGGAUUUCCUCCAACCUGUUACCUACUAUGAGAAGGAAUGCAUCAAUGGACUUUUCAACUUACUUCAACUAGCCUAUAACGGCGGCAACAAUUCUAUGCGCUUCCAUUUCAUCUCCAGUGUUAGCGCAAGUAUGGCUAUGAAAGGCGAGGUGUUUGAACAGCCACUUCCAGAUGAUCCAUCCUGCGCUGCCCCUAUGGGUUACGCUCAAAGUAAAUUCAUUGCUGAACAUUUGAUGCGGUAUGUUACGCAAAACAAGGGCAUCCAAGGCUAUGUAGAGCGAGUAGGUCAGAUGAGCGGUGAUACAGUCAAUGGCUACUGGAAUCCCCAAGAGCAAUAUCCACUUAUGGUUGCAGGUGGAGCAGUAUACAUGAAGAAGAUGCCUAUUAUGAAUAGCGAGAUUGAUUGGAUACCUCUAGAUUACUCUGCUGCUGCAAUCCUGGAGAUCAUUAUGAACACCGCUAACGAUGCACCUUCACCUACUGGAUCCAUUUUCCAUAUCGUUAAUCCAAACAGAGUCACUUGGAUGGACUUUUUGGAAGCACUUCAUGCUAAUGGACUCAAGUUCAGCCACGUAUCCCCUGAAGAAUGGAUAAACGAGUUAUCGGAAGACGAUAGAAAUCCAGCAUUCAAGUUAAUUUCCUUCUAUCAAGACGUAGUUGGAGGGAUGGAAUUGCCUGUCUGGGUAACGUCAAAGACACAGAGUGUCAGCCGAAAACUGAAGGCAACACCCCAAUUAGACGCUGCGCUGGUGGGUAAAUGUCUCCAGAAUUGGAAGCGCAUAGGUCUGUUCAAUUAGCAUCCCAAACAUUAUCAUUUUCACAACAAACUUUACUUAGACAAUGAACAAAUACCAAUAAUAGUUCACACACAAUGAAUCCCUCUAGUCUGUCAAUAAAACAAUUUCUAUUAAUCUUUUGUGA